AUGGGUGAUAACAUACCCUACCGGAGCAAAGCAGAAGGGGAUGAUCCGACUCGCAGUGAUGAAAAUGACGAUGAUGAGGAAGAAGUCGACGAAACUGGCUACAAGACAGUCAAGGAUGCUGUUUUGUUUGCCAUUGAAGUCAGUGCUUCCAUGUUGAAGGUUCCAUCAUCUUCUGGAUCGAAAAACGACGACAAGAAUUCUCCACUUCUGGCUGCCUUGAAAUGUGCAUACCACCUAAUGCAGCAGCGCAUUAUAUCCAACCCAAAAGAUUUGAUAGGGAUCGUCCUGUACGAUACUGAAGCCACAAAGUUCUACGACGAGGAUGAAAACUCUCGCGGUGGUUGGUCAUUCCCCCACUGUUACCUUCUCACUGAACUCGAUGUUCCUGAAGCAGAGGCUGUGAAAGAGCUGAAACGCUUGACCGAGGCUGAAUCUCCUGAAGCUGAAGCUAUCUUCAAGCCUUCCAAGGAACCAGUAUCGAUGCAUAGCGUUCUCUUCUGUGCCAAUCAAAUCUUCCAACAAAACGCUGCAAACUUCACCUCGCGGCGACUCUUCAUAGUGACAGACAACGAUAAUCCACAUUCUAAGAACGAAAAAUCCCGAUCUCAAGCCACCGUAAGGGCCAAAGAUCUCUAUGACUUGGGCGUCUUGAUUGAGUUGUUUCCGAUUUCCACCCCCGACCACAAGUUCGACACCUCGAUCUUCUACGAUGACAUUGUUUAUAAAUCCUCCCCGACGGACCCCGAAGCAAUUGCGUACAACCCAGCAUCUGCCGUCGGUGGUGACGGUUCGAAGCUCAUCUCUGGAUCAGCAGAUGGCAUCACACUCCUACAAUCUCUUCUCACCACCAUCGCAUCGAAAGUGACUCCCAAGCGUGCCUUGUUCUCCUCCGUACCACUUGAGCUUAGCCCGACUCUCAAAAUCUCGGUCAAGGGUUAUUUGCUAUACAAACAUCAGAAGCCGGCACGGAGUACCUACAUCUAUGUUGGAGGUUCCGUCCCAGAGAUCGUGAAAGGACAUACGCAACAGUUUGAUGAGGGUGGCAAGGGAGUUCAGAAGGUCGACAUUCGAAGAGCCUACAAAUUUGGUGGGGAACAGAUCACAUUCUCUGAUGAAGAGACAAAAGAACUUCGAAAUUUUGGAGAUCCCGUUAUUCGCGUAUUGGGUUUCAAACCACUUGCAAAGCUGCCAUUUUGGGCAAACAUCAAGAACUCGACAUUCCUUUAUCCUUCAGAAGAAGAUUAUGUCGGAAGUACUCGAACUUACAGUGCACUCCACCGCAAGCUUGAGAAAGACAAAUUGUUUGGAUUGACCUGGUUUGUUCCACGAAAAAAUGCCACUCCUGUAUUGGCGGCACUUUUGCCGACAGUGGCCUCGAUGGGAAAGGAUGACCAGACAAACCCUGCGGCUAUCUCUGCAUCAGGGGCUCCGCAGGGGCUGCAUCUGAUUCCGCUACCAUUCGCAGACGACAUCCGACAAAAUCCUCCAUCCACUAACAAGACCCCUUUGCAAGCUCCAGACAUGCUCGUGGAUGCUAUGCGGCCGAUCAUUCAACAAUUAAACCUCCCCAAAGCAAUCUAUGACCCAUCGAAAUACCCCAAUCCGAGUCUACAAUGGCAUUACCGCAUCCUCCAGGCCUUGGCACUAGAUGAGGAAGUGCCAGACAAGCCAGAAGACAAGACAGUGCCAAAACACAAACAAAUCGACAAGAGGGUGGGAAAUGAGGCAAUUAAAUGGGGUUCUAUCUUGGAAAGAGUGUUCAAGGAGCAUCAAGCGGAAAACCCAGACACGGUCCCUACAGGCUCGAAGCGGCCGACACCCAACCCUAAAUCAGCAGACCCUGCCACAGGGAGUAAAAAGGUCAAGGCUGAGGGAGGAGACGGGAACAGCGAAGCUCUCAUCAGACAACGCUGGGAGCAGGGCAAAUUAGGAAGCUUGACUGUAGCCCAACUUAAGGACUUUGCUUCGGCCAAGGGGAUUUCCGUUGCAGGAAAGAAAGCAGAAAUUGUGGACCAGAUUGAGGGUUGGUUGGAGAGGAAGUAG